AUUAGUGACGUUGUUCACGGUCAGAGUACAACAGAAUUGCAAAACUACGCGAUGGCGUAUUCUAAGUUCAUUUAGAGAUAGCAAAGCAAUCUGCAGCUUUACAGUGCGAACGACAUAUCGUUUGUUAACAAAUUUCAUCGUUUUUGUUUUUCAAAGUACUUCUUAAUCUUUUUAUUAGAUUCGUAUAAACGUAAUUAAAACCGCCAAUUGCACGUCGGACCUAAACUAAUAACAUUCGGUGCUGAGUUGGCAGUCUUGACGACGACAACUCCAUAACUGUACUGUAUAGUGAAUGGUACCGUGAAUUUAAAGUGGAGUUUAGUAAUGAAUGUACUUAAACAAUAUACUUAAAGAUUAUUACUUAAUGAGCUAUGAGCGGCCAAAAAUUUCAAUACGAUGAAAGUGGUGGGACAUUUUUCUACUUUUUGCUAUCAUUUUCGGCACUUCUUCAAAUACCUGUGACAUAUUACUUUUGGCCACGUUGCCCCAAACAAGAUCCUGAUCAAGAGGCAAAAGAGUGUCAAUGUGAUGGAUGUAAAAGAAAGAAAAUUAUUCUACGACUUAAUAAACCAUGGAAAGAAACCAAAGCAUUAUUUGACAAAUUUCUUAUCAUUCUUGGAUGGGUAGUUCUUAUUUUUUUGACAUAUAAGGUAUCACAGUUUGAUUAUGAAAUGGCUAAUUUCGAUCCAUUUGAAAUACUUGGCGUUUCUUCUAGUUCAUCUCAAAGUGACAUUAAGAAAGCAUAUCGCAAAUUAUCUUUAAUUCUUCAUCCUGAUAAAGAAACUGGAAAUGAAAAAGCUUUUAUGAGAUUAACUAAAGCUUAUCAAGCUUUAACGGAUGAAGAAGCACGGAAAAAUUGGGAAAAAUAUGGAAAUCCAGAUGGUCCAGGAGCAAUGAGUUUUGGAAUUGCUUUACCUUCUUGGAUAGUUGAAAAAGAAAAUUCAGUUUGGGUUUUAGGGUUCUAUUCACUAGUUUUCAUGUUUGUUUUACCAACAGCUGUUGGCAUGUGGUGGUAUAAAAGUAUUCGUUACACUGGUGAUCAAGUAUUGUUAGCAACUACUCAAUUAUAUUACAUUUUUUUCAUUAAAUAUCCUUCAAUGUCAUUAAAAAGGGUUAUUAUGAUUCUUGCUGCUUCAUUUGAAUUUCAUAAGAAACGAAAUGCAGAAAUAGUUGAGAGAUAUACAGAUAGUGAAGAAGUUUAUUCGCUUAUUAAGCAGCUACCAGAUAUAGGUGCAAAAAACAAGGCAACACCAUUAUGUGACUCGUAUUCAAUUAAAGCUAGAGCUUUAAUUCAUGCACAUUUAUCUCGUAUAUCAUUAAAUCCAGAAACGUUAGAAAAAGAUAGACAAUAUAUAGUAAAAAAAUGUCCAUAUUUAAUUCAAGAAAUGGUAACUUGUGUUAAUCGAGUGAUUCUAUUAGCUUAUGCUAGAAGAGUUCCACGUUUACCAACUAUAAAAACUGUAGAAAAUUGUAUGAAAUUGUGUGCAAUGAUAGUGCAAGGUUUUUGGGAAUUUAAAAAUCCUCUUUUACAAUUACCGCAUAUAACUGAAGAUAAUCUAAAAUGUUUCUUACCAAAAAAGCAUCAAAUCAAAAGUCUUCAACAAUUUGCACAAUUAAAAGGAGACGAGAGAAGACUGAUUCUUAGACAUUUAUCAGAUAGUCAAUAUGAAGAUGUAAUGAAAGUUCUUGGAAACAUGCCAUAUAUAGAAUUUAAAGUACGAUCCGAAGUAAUUGAUGAUGAAAAUCCAACUGUUUAUACUGCUGGUGCUAUUGUGACUGUAACAGUAUCAUUAACUCGUAAAGAUAUGAAACAUUUAUUUGGAGAUGAUUCUAUUAAAGAACAAACCAUGAUUGAUGACAGCAAAAUAAACAAUGAAGCUCCUGAUGAAGUAUUAGAAGAACAGAACCAAUCUGUAAAGAAGCCGGCAUGGCUUAGGCAAAAAAAAGGUCAAAAAAAAUCUCACAAGAAAGGUACUAGUAAAAAAUUUGCUUCUACAAAAAAUGCUCAGACACAAUUUCAGUCUAGCAAUAAUGCUCAAACGAAUACCCCUAAUGCAAAAAAGAAAGAAGAUAAGAUAGAAAAAGAGUCUUCCAAAGAUAAAUUAUCUGAUGUCAGUGAUAGUGACGUUGAUAGUGACAGAAGUAAUGACGAAGAUAGUCAUGAAAAAAAAGAUGUAUCCAUAGAUGACGAUGAUACAGAAUGGGAGAGAUUUCAACAAAGAAUUUCAAAGAGAGAAAAAGUUUUGGAAGGAAGGAGUAAUAUAUCACAUGAAGUACAUUGUCCACUCUUUCCGGAUGUGAAACAAGAAUACUGGUGGGUUUACAUCUGUGAUCGCAAGAGCCAAACUUUACUAACAACUCCUAUUUAUGUUACAUCGUUAGCACACUUUGAAGAAGUUCAGUUAAAAUUUACAGCGCCUCGAUGGCCAGGUGUUUAUACAUUUACUGUUUGUUUACGUAGUGAUUCCUAUCUUGGCUUUGAUCAAGCUCAAGAUAUUAAGUUGGAUGUGAAAGAAGCACCAGAAGUACCCACAGAACAUCCUCAAUGGGAUAUUUCAGAUGAAGAAACUGCAGAAGAUGUAGAUGCAGCUGAUGAACAUUCCGAGUAUACAACUGAUGAAGAUAUCAGUGACAAUGAAUAAUAUCUAUUUCUCGUGGAAGAUUUGAUAAAUAGAUAAAAAAAAAGAUGUUCGCAUUUUCCUCUUUUUUUACUUGUCAAGUUAAUGUACAAUGAACUUUUAUACGUGAAAUUGCAUAAUUGUUAAUGUACGUGGACAAUCUAGAAAAAUAGCAUAGUGUGUAAGGUUUUUCAGUGAAGAGAAAGUAAUAGUAAAUGAAAAUCAUAUUUAUUUUAACAUUGUUGUUUAAUCCUCAGUUUAGGAUGUAUAUACAGUUUUUUUAAUAAAAUAAAUUUUAAAAUAUAA